AUGAAAGCAGAAAUCGCAUUUGCCAUGAAUAUAGAUAAAUCUCUGCUGACGUUCCCUGAGGGUGCCACAAUCAGUGACGGGAGAAAUCAUGACGUAGCCACAAUCAGUGACGGGAGAAAUCAUGAUGGUGCCACAAUCAGUGACGGGAGAAAUCAUGAGGGUGCCACAAUCGGUGACGGGAGAAAUCAUGACGUAACCACAAUCGGUGACGGAAGCAAUCCUAAGGGUGCCACAAUCAGUGACGGGAUAAAUCAUGAGGGUGCCACAAUCAGUGACGGGAGAAAUCAUGACGUAGCCACAAUCAGUGACGGGAGAAAUCAUGAUGGUGCCACAAUCAGUGACGGGAGAAAUCAUGAGGGUGCCACAAUCGGUGAGGAGAGAAAUCAUGACGUAACCACAAUCGGUGACGGGAGCAAUCCUAAGGGUGCCACAAUCAGUGACGGGAUAAAUCAUGAGGGUGCCACAAUCAGUGACGGGAGAAAUCAUGACGUAGCCACAAUCAGUGACGGGAGAAAUCAGGAGGGUGUCACAAUCAGUGACGGGAGAAAUCAUGAUGGUGCCACAAUCGGUGAGGAGAGAAAUCAUGAGGGUGCCACAAUUGGUGACGGGAGAAAUCCUAAGGGUGCCACAGUCAGUGACGGAAAACACCAUAUCAAUAGUUAA